ACCAACACCACCACCACCAACGCCACCUCCACCAACGCCACCACCUCCACCAACGCCACCUCCACCAACACCACCUCCACCAACACCACCAACGCCACCAGCAGCGUUGCCUCCAACAACGUCACUUACAACGACUCCGCUUACUUCAUGGUGGAGUUCGUGCUGAGAGGCCGCGACGCCUCCUACAAGGACCAGGUGGCUGCUGGAGUCUCGGCCGCCCUCGCCAACGACACGAACGUGGACCUCACCGGGAUGGUGUACAAAGUUGUGGCGUGCAGCCAGGAUCCUCCAGCGCCACCUGCCACCACUAACCUCACUUCAACUGGCAACUUGGCAGGUGCAACAGCCACUUACACCUGCGGCGCUGGGUACAGGUUGAAUACCCUGUCAGACACCCUGGUGUCUCUGUGUGACCACUCCACCACCGUCUGGACCCCCAUCCCGGCCAACCUCUCCUGUAUCGUAGACAUGCGGUGUGUGGGUCCCCCGCCCCUCCCCCCCGCCAACGCCUCCUACACCUGGGACCGAAAGAACCUGGAGCAGUUCACCCAAGUCAACUACACCUGUAUGCCCAGCUUCAGGGCGACAGAAGGAACGUUCCAGACGUCUCAGUGUGUGAACAAGAACUGGACGAACAUCUCUUCAACUUUCCAGUGCGAGUACUACGGGUGUGGGUCGCUGCCUCCACAGGUGCCCGACAACGCCAUCCUCACCUGGAACACCUUGAUGACACAGAACACCGUCGCUACCUACACCUGUAUGGAUGGCUACUUAGCCACCGGGUCGUCGAGCUCCGUGAAGCUGAGUUGCACCAACAAGACCUGGGGAGACCUGCCUCCCAAGUUUGGCUGCAUCAGCAGCGCUUAUGCCUUUAGAACUCAGGUGAUCAUCGAUGACAUUGACUACUUCCUGGUCAUCACCAUCCCCUCGCUCGUAGGGUUGCUUUUCUUCAUUUGCUGCUGCCUGUGCUGCACUAGGACUGACUCCCCAUUAUACUGCAUUUGCAACCCCAGGAGGAAAGAUAAUGGUUUCCCCUAACACAAGCCCUUCGCACACUACUCAAACAUUUAACCAAGGAAGCGGAGAACUAAAAUGUGUUUUCUCGUAACCCAUCGGCACGCCGGGCCGAAUCUGACUUGACUUUUAUGAGUCAUAUAUGAGUAAAGUUAUGUUAUUGUAUAAUAUUUCAAGCAGAGAGUGUGCACGGUUUCAUUGUUACAAAAUUAUUCAAGUAUCAUUUAGUGUUAACAGCAUCUUUAAUUCUCAAAAAGGAUCGUUACUGACAUUAUCGUAUUUUAUAAUGAAGCGAUGUAAACACCGAGAUGUAUACUUUUGUCUUCAACAACGGCACUUAGGAGUGAAGUAUACUUGCUGUUGUUGACUGUCGUCGCUCCUAAAUCAACAACAACAUAAUUGCUUGUAUGUCAGUAACCUAGGAUUGAUGGGGUUGACAAUAUGUAGCCAGUAAAGGCUCUUGUAGAGUCUACAAGAAUAAUGUUCGUAUUAGUUAUGUAUAUUUAGAGCAUUUCAAUGUAGAAUUUCAUGGUACAAAUAUUGAUAUCCAAGGAAAGGGGGCAUUGUCAUCAAAGGUGGAGUCACAACUAGCAAGCAUAUAAUUCAUAUACUUAUAAUUAUUAAAUAUAAACACAAUAAGAUAUCUUCAGUAUAUCACCUCAGGGUAUUAACCAACUAUAUAUCAUUCGCUGGAUGUCACAAAGAAACUUAACACUGCUUAGUUCAUCCACCACAACGGAAUUUCUUAAGAUAUGCUGAAAUGUCCAUUUCUGGGGCCAGAUUCACGAAAGCAGUUACGCAGGCACUUACGAACCUGUACAUCUUUUCUCAAUCUUUGGCGGCUUUGUUUACAGUUAUUAAACAGUUAAUGAGCUC